CUGUAAAUAUCAUUCUAAAGGCGGGGUAGAGAUUUCCGGAGUCCCCGACGGACCCUCCAAGUCUGACGGAAGACUAGUAAGAUGAUAUAUGAUACAACUGACAUCCGCAUCAGCGGCUGUUCAGUAGUAGCAGUGACUUAGACACAACAGAGGCUCCAGGCUAUAACUAGUAUCAACUUCCCAAACCGCCCUCGCCCACUCAGCCGUCUUACUCAACACUACUGCCUAUCAAGCACCCUGACAAUGUCCACCCAUCUCGACGAAGCCGCGUCUAUCGCUCGUAUCUCUCUCCACGAUCCGAAGAAUUUCAGCAUCCAAUACUCCCAGACGUUGCAUCGCCUGACGAUCCUGCAGCACUGGAACAUCCCCACGGCCUCCAAGGUCCUGGAACUCGGAUGCGGACAGGGAGACUGCACGACUGUUCUUGCCCAUGCUGUAGGGGCACAGGGGCAGGUCGUGGCGGUUGAUCCAGCGGACUUGGAUUAUGGAGCCCCAUACACACUCGGCCAAGCGCAAGCGCACAUCUCGCUGAACCCACUCGGUACCCGAAUCACCUGGAUCCAACAGACCCCGGUGGACUACCUCGCCUCCCUCUCUCCUCCCUCCCCAGCAUCUUCCACACCACCACCACCACCACCACCACCACCACCGCCACCCAACACCGAGAGCGAAACCCCAACCUUCGACGCAACAGUCCUCGCCCACAGCCUCUGGUACUUCGCCUCCCCAGCACUCAUCCUAUCCACCUUCCGCGCCCUGAAGAAACACAGCAAGCGACUCCUCCUUGCGGAGUGGUCGUUGGUGGCGACGUCUCCCGCCGCGCAACCGCACGUCUUAGCAGCGCUCGCGCAGGCCGCGCUGGAGUGCCGGAAGUCCCAGGGGAGCGAGUCGAAUGUCCGCACGGUGCUGGGGCCGAAGCGGCUGACGGAGCUGGCGGUGACGGCGGGGUGGAAGCUGGAGAGCGAGACGCGCGUGCCGUGUGGGGAGGGGUUGUUGGAUGGGCAAUGGGAGGUCGCGGCGUGUCUUUCUGCUUCUUUUGAGAAGGAGGUGGAGGAGCAGGUGAAGGAUGGGAGGGAGCGGGCGGUGGUAAUCGCGGCGAGGGAUGCGUGUGAGGCGAGCUUGGAGGGGGUGCAGGGGGGGAGGAAGGGGGUUAGGGCUAUGGAUGUUUGGGUUGCGAGUUUCAGCUGA